AUGACGUCGGUCGCACCUCCCAGUCCUGGCGUGCAGGCAUGCGAUGACGUGUCCCACAAGGCUACGAUGACGUGUCCCACAGUAGUGUGUGGUUACCAAUUCACUGCAUCAUCAAACCUCAUUAACCACAAAAGACGCAAACACCCUCCUACCUCUCAUCAUUCAACUACUACAUCACCUCCACAUCCACCAGCAUCCUCCCCAAUCCGCUUUCCCCGUGGCUCAAUCACAACAAUUUGCCCAUCUCAAUCAACUUCACUUCACCUCAGCCACUUUACCCUCAACUCGUCAACUCUUUCAGCACCAUUUCCACCUUCUCGUACUAGCGUUGACGCCACAGGCACUGAUAUUGCAAUGACUCACUUAAGUCUUCUCUCCACCACUCCCAAUUUCACACACACAACUGCCGCACUCAAGAUCAUCACGCCCAUCACAAACACUAACAACUCCAUCCACGCCACCUCAUCCAACUCUACCUUCAUUGCCAUCAAAUCAAUUCUACAACACCAAAAUCACCUCUAUCAACAUCGCAAUCUCAACACCUGCUCCCAAUAUUCUCUCUUGUUCCAUCUUCAACCCAUCCACCUCCAAUUCUUACAAUCAAUCCACAUGCACCACUUAACCCGCGUCCAUCGCUUUCGCCCUUCUCUACCACCCUCCCCAACAUCAACAACAACAUCUAUAUCCUCAUUCCAAACACUAAAAACCUCGACCCCCCACUUUCCAACCCUCAGCCCCUUAACCCUCAACACGUCAACUCCUCCAACUCCACUCCCCCCUUGUCGAUUGGUCGAUGAAAUUAAUGUGGCUGCAGUGGUGUUGUCAAAUGUGUAUACCCAAAAUGCAAAUGUUUGGCGUUGA